CCCUGAUUUCCAGAACAACCAGCACUCAGUUCCACGGGAGCCACAACACAGACUGGGAAACAUGGGUCUGAAGCUGCCUGAGUCCAGACUUUGUCUCCUGCUGCUGUUGGGACUUGUCCUAAUGCUUGCCUCAUGCCAGCGACCAACUGCCUCCCAGUGGUUUGCCACCCAGCAUAUCACUUAUAAAACCAACCUCCAAUGUAAUGUUGAAAUGCAGGCUAUUAACAUGCAUAGACAAACAUGUAAGGGCUUAAAUACUUUUCUUCAUACAAGUUUUAUUAAUGUUGUUGGUGUGUGUGGCAAUCCAAGUGGCUUGUGCAGUGACAAAAUAAGUCAAAACUGUCAUAAUAGUUCAUCUCGGGUACCUAUAACUGUCUGUAACCUCACAGGUCAGGGAAGAAAUUAUACCCAAUGCAGAUACCAAACAAAGGGAUCAGUGGAGUACUACACAGUUGCCUGUGAGCCCAGAGUUGCAUGGGACUGUCCCAUCUAUCCAGUGGUUCCAGUUCACUUGGAUGGGACAUUUUAGCUCCAGUGCCAGCACUUUGUACCUUUGCUCAUCUGCUACUGCCAAGAUCAUAGUAGUAAAGAACCAAUUCCUCUUCUGUGCUCCACAUCAGCACCUGUCCUCAUGAAACCUGUAACUGACUACCUUUAAUUUAGCUGAAGAGAUCUUUUCUAAUUAAUAAACUCCUUUGCAUACA